UGCUUAUUAUUUCCUGACGGUGGUCGCGGUGGUUGCGUGGUUUGGGGUUCCUCGCUUCUAUUGCCGUUCGACUGCGCUGCUUUCAGCCUCGCGUUCUGGUCACUCAACGUCUUUCUAGUGUACGACCGCGCCCCCUGUCAACUGUCCAACCGGCAACAGCACCUGAUUGCAAUCAACAACACGCUGGUUUAUCAGGCUCGACGGAGACAAGACCUCGACAUCCUUGAAGCAUUCCGUGUUGUGACGACCAGUGGAUUCUCAACUUGAUUUACGCCUGGACCCAUAUUCGCUCCAGCGGUAACCAAUUAUUCUCCUCUUUUCCCGGUCGUGAGCUGGUCUCAAGUUUUGUCGGCGUGCAAGCAGCCAGAUAGUUACCUUCCCUCUCAGCGCGUCCGGUAGUGUAGUGUGUGUGUCACCCGGUAUCCCAGGUUAGCCAUGUCUGUCACUGCAACCAUGCAUCCUCAGGCAGUAAACCGCUUCAACAACAACAACAACAACUCUCUUGUUGGUAGCAGCACUCCUGACUGUGACUUGCCAUUGUCCAAGGAGAAUCCUCUUCAGUGCCCACACUGCGGCACCAAGCUGGCCAACCAGGCACGCUUGCUCAAGCACAUGCAGCGUCACCGCGUACGCAGCGACGUCAAGUGUCUGGAAUGCAGCGCCGUGUUUGUGGAUGACGACUGCCUGCGUGACCACAUGCGCAGUGAGCACAUCCAUUACAGCUCAUCCUCUCCAUCCACCAGCAGCAGCUCGGAGAGUGACUACGACGCUUCUUUCAAGCAGAGAGUAGCGCACCGCAGAGCACGACGAUUCCGUUCAGCUUCUCGCAGCAGCAACAUGCUCCGACUCAACAUCACGGCUAAACCCAUCCAUGCUGCGAUGACCACCCCUCCUCUCACUCCGGACAAUGAGGCCGUUCGCCAAUGGCCUGAGCCUCCUCUCACUCCGGAAAAUGAAGAAGACAGGUCCAGGUUUGGCCAGUGGCCGACCGCUCCGCCCAUGAAUGAAGAUACGACCCAGGUCAGUGAACCACCGCAGAACAAGCGGCGAAAGCACUCGUCCAACAGUGACACUUCUCUGAGCGCCGCAGAGAAGCAGUCAGACGAAGAAACCAUCCCACCUCCACCAGCGCAGACAAUGAGCAUUCUCGAGCAGCUGCUGCGAAGAAAGACAGUGCUCCCUGUUUUAACCAGUACAGUAACCCCGAUUGUGACGCCGUGUGAGUAUAGCGUGCAGGCAAUGCCCUGCAACACUCCCUACCAGCCGAAUGUGUACCAGCGGCCGACGACCAUCUUCCUCGCACCACAAUACCAAGCACAGUUCUCUCAAGCACUCUCUCCGGACAAUGUACAACGCCAGCAGCAGCAGCAGCACUACCAGCCAGCGCAGCCAUAUCACUUCACGAGCCCGUCUCAUCCCCACAAGGCGACGCCGAUGGAGCUGAUCGCGCAGUCGUUCACCAACCAAAUAAGUCAGGGUUCACUGGAAAAGCGGCAAAGCUUUCAGAUGAUGGAGAGGAACUUGGUGUGUGAACACUGCGACAAGCGCUUCCUCUACAAGUGCAACCUUGCUCGCCAUCUCAGCGCCAUCCACAAUGAGCGCACGGUGAAGAGCGAGAAACCAUCCGCUGGCCGUUCGCCACGCUCUCCGUUCAAAGUUGGUCCGGCAAGAGAAGCUGUUGUGACCGAGAAGAAGGAGAUCGUCUUCUACAAGUGUGACGUGUGCAACCGCUCGUUCACUCAGAAGUCAUCGUUGGUUCUGCACCAGCAAGUGCACAAGGCCACUGAGACAUCCUACAACUGCUCGCUCUGCCCCAAGAUGCGCUUCAGCUCGCGUGCCCGCCUCGAAGCGCACUUUGCACGCCACACAAGUGCCAACGCCGCUGCAACCUCCGGUAAACGUACCUCUGCACCGCAGAGUGACGAUACAGAGCAGGCUCUAUCCUCACCCAGCGAGUGCAGCAGCAGCAGCAUCAACAGCAGCAGCUCUGAUUUGUCGCCGCUACCAACCAGGUCCUGUGCCGACGCUACUCCAGUCUCAAGUCCUGAGUUCCCAUCUGUGUCCGUACAGCGAAUCCAAACGGGCAGCAUGACGGCUUCACAGGGAUACCGCAUAGAAUCCGAUUCCUGCGAUGAAUUGCACGACCCUUAUCGUUUGGUCAUUGUUGACUAAGCUCGGUCAUGAAUUUCUCGUGCAUGACACACAUUCUCUUCUCUUCAUCUGGUCUUGCCAUGGCAAUGAAUUUAGAGAUGUGGAGAGUUCAGUAAUAUAAUAUAAUUUACUGCCUCUACCUGGAUGCCUACAUCGAGUAACCAGGUCAAACUAGCCAACUUGAAAUAGAUCUCAACAGUACGCUUAUCCUCCACUUCUCCCAAUAAUGACGGUGAGUGGAUAGUUCCGCCGAUCCAGACUACUGGGGAAAUAGCAAUUCCUUUCAGUGGUGGCUGUCAUUGCAUGUACGCAUACACUUACAGCUCUGAGUCUUAUGGGCACUCUAUACUUCUCUCCCUUUCCAUCUCCCUCUCCCCAUCUCUCCCGGUAUGUCCGUCUGUCUGCCUGUGGGCCUGUCUGUCUGUCUGUCUCUAUCUAUCUAUCUAUCUAUCUAUCUAUCUAUCUAUCUAUCUAUCUAUCUAUCUAUCUAUCUAUCUAUCUAUCUAUCUAUCUAUCUAUUUAUCUGUCUGUCUGUCUGUCUGUCUGUCUGUCUGUCUGUCUGUCUGUCUGUCUGUCUGUCUGUCUGUCUGUCGGUCUGUCUGUCUGUCUGUCUGUCUGUCUGUCUGUCUGUCUGUCUGUCUGUCUCUAUUUUCUUUCUCUAUUCUCUCUCUCUCUCUCUCUCUCUCUCUCUCUCUCUCUCUCUCUCUUUCUCUCUCUCUUUUUUUGUUUGUUUCCCUCUCGACCCCCGCCCCGCUCCCCUCUCUGUCACUCAUACUCACACAAAGUCACAUAAACAUGAUCUGGCACUUUUCAUGUUUUAAUUGUGUUAAUUAAACACUGCCGAUAAUGAGUAACUCUUAACACAUGUUUCUAAUACUUGAGUGUGUUAAUUUUUAUAGUCAUACAACCCAAUCGCCUUUUCUUUUUGCGGCAGCCAAAUAUUGUCAGCGUCCUUUCUUCUAACUAACUUCCCCCUUUUCUCGGCCCCGACAAGGAAACGCAAUAAAUAGGGAAGGUGUUGUCACUGAUUCCAGUGUACAUCCCUUCAGCGAUAACAAUCUUCCAACUCAACCGAGAUAAUACCCCCCCCCUUUUUUUCUUUGAAUUAAUAGUGAUUCCCUUCCGAACAUGGUCACGCUUCGGGCCUGUUAAAAACCAAACCUAAUUAUUGCUUUUUUUUCUGCACAUGCUAAUCCUAGCGCUCUUGACCAAGAGCAGAAUGCGCUUUGUCCAUUGGCUGGAGCUUUACUUUUAUGACCUUUCCAUCCAUCGAUGCUUUCGCGAAACAUCAACUGUACUUUUCGACGAUUAAAUCUAGUGCUAAGUUUCCACCACGAGAUAGCCUGUAAUACGCACUCACGAACUCCUGCAGCCCGUUUCGCGGCUGCCAUUAUGCCUACCGGUUAGAUUCUAUUAUGUUGUCCGUGUUGCCCAUAUUUACGAAUUGCAAAUAUUCUCCCCCUCCUUACGUCGGCUAAUGAGUGUUCUGUUGCUGUCUGUAGCGCCGAAUAACACCUCGUCCUUAAGUUAUCCAAAAUGAUCUUGUCAUUACUCUCAGUUGUUUUUUGUCUGACAGGCUUUAUGCCGCUAUAACGAUCCAUUUGCGUGCAAUGGAAACUUUCCUCAUCCCUGUCACACACAAUUGUCUUGGCUGUUGCUGAUUUUAUUGCCAAUGUGCUGUCAAGUGGAGGGAAAACUUAUUUUCUUUUUCAAAUCCGUUCACCUGCUUAAUAGUUAAGUCAUACUAUUCCUUUGCUGCAAUAGUUAGCUUUGCUUCAUGGAUGAUUUACUUGAGUCAAUGAGCAUAUUGAUCGGA